AUGGCUCGUGAUCGCUGGCUUCAUCAUCUGGACUACUUGAUAACGCUAGUCGGUUACAGCGUUGGUGGCGGGACCAUUCAGAAGUUCCCGUACCUGUGUAUGCGAAAUGGUGGGGGUGCUUUCCUCAUAGUCUUCAUGCUGUUUACGGUGAUCGGCGCCAUUCCCUGUGUGUUUGUGGAGAUGGUGAUUGGCCAGUUCUCUCAGAGUGGUCCUGUCACAGUGUGGAACAUGUGUCCUCCGUUUAAAGGAAUAGGGCUGGGGACAGUGGCCAUCACGUGGACACUCUCUACCUACAACUUGGCUAUAUUUUCCUGGUACCUGUACUACUUCUUCAAUUCCUUCUCGACAUACCUCCCAUGGACGCUUUGCAGCAAUGACUGGAACACGGUCACCUGUGUAACCCAUGACACACACGUCAACAACACCAUCUCAACAAACAUCACCAUCGGGGGAAUGACAGCCGCAGAGGAAUAUUGGAGGUUCAAGGUACUGGACAUAACCGAAGGUUUAGAGAAUCUUGCUGGGAUGAGAUGGCCGUUGAUUGUGUACGUCACCGUGGGUAUCCCAUACUUGCUGAACACGAUCUUCCUGAUCCGAGGCUGCCUGCUACCAGGAUCUGCUGAAGGAAUAUACUAUUAUAUAUACCCUGAUUUUGAGAUGCUUCGGGAUCCAAAUGUGUGGAUGGAGGCAUGUGCUUACUCAUUCUUCUCCAUGGGGAUCGGCAUGGGCUGCAUAAUCACACUGUCUGGACACAACAACCUCAAGAACAACUGUUUCAGGGACUCUAUAGCAAUGUGUCUUACGGACGCUCUCACUACCAUCUUCGUGGGGUUUUCUGUCUUCAGUAUCAUUGGUCACGUAGCCUAUAUACGUGGACUUGAUGUGGAAGCUUUCCAGUCAUCAGGGUUCAACCUAGCCUUCAUCGUCUAUCCCCAGGCUGUGUCAGCACUCCCAUGGCCACAAUUGUGGUCGGCCUUGACCUUUCUCAUGUUGAUGUCCUUGAUGAUUGACUCCAUGGGUGGGAUAUACGUCCUAACGUUGGUGGACUGGUACGCUACUUUCCCCUCCCUCGUUUUCUUCGCAACAAUGGAAUGCAUCGCGGUCAAUUUCUGUUAUGGAACACAACAGCUUCAACAAGACAUACGAACAAUGUGGGGCAAGACCGCACCUCGAUGGAUCAGCUUCUGCAUGCGCAUCGUGUGCCCAUUGCUCCUGUUGGUUAUCUUCACCUUCUCUCUCUACUCGUACCGACCUCCUCAGUACGCUGAGUACGUCUACCCCACCUGGGCCACCGUCGUGGGCUGGAUGAUCUCCAUGGCUUCCAUCCUUCCCUUCCCCGUCUUCUUUGUUUGGACAGUGUACCACACAAGCGGAACCACGGUCGUAGAGAAACUUGAAAAAGCGAUCCGACCAAACAAAAAUAAGGGUGGCCGAAUACAUACUGAUAACGAGAAUCAGGACGUCAGCUUUCCUACCAUGCUGCAGGAGAGUUUGUGUGACAAUACAGAUCUGGGGGUAGAAGAAGUAGAAAAUGCUCGCAGUGUUGAAACCAAUAUUAUCAACUUAUGA